AUGAAGGACGUCUCGUCGUCGUCCGGGGCCGAUCCGCGGCAGCCUUCUUCCGCCAAGCCUUACGUACCCCCGACGGUGUCCCCCCAGGAUCUACCCAUCGAUUAUUCUGGCUUCCUCGCCAUGCUCUUUGCGAUGGCCGGAGUCAUGUUUAAGGUCAGCACUCUCCCGCCGGAUUCUCGCCGUCUUAUUUUUCUGUUCUUCAUCUUAAUUAUGUCGCUGAACUGAAGAUGGGUGGAAAUUGUGUGAACGUCCUGGGAACCCAUAGUUGCCCUUGAAUUUUUCCCCCUCUCGUAUUAAUCACUCCUUUAGCGUUUGCAUCUUUUGCGGAUGCUACGGGCUUGAUCUGUUUUCUGGUGGCUUACUUGUGCAGUACAAGGUCUGCUCGUGGGUGUCUUUGAUCUUCUGUGCUCAAGCACUCGUAAACAUGAAGAACCUCGAGAACGAUCUUAAACAGAUAUCUAUGGCCAUGAUGUAAGUUGGCUUUCCCCAUAGCGUUGCUUCUGCUUUUUGAUCGUGAGAUUUGUGUAAAUUCUCAUCGUGACUUGCUCGACACCCAAUCAUUCAUCUCUAAGCACGCUCAAUCAAUGUUUCUGUCCCUGAUAGAGAUUUCCAAAUGCGUUGAGUAUUCCGAUGAAAAAUCUUUGUGCGCAUUUCUGGCAGAUUUCAGUUCAUAAAAGCGUUUGAAUGGCAACUUAAAACAAGAUUAACUGACUAUUUAUACGCAAGAAGCUCUUGGUGACUUCAUCUUCUUGUCUAUUUGGACGAACAUUUAACACGAUGAUGAAGGGCAUCGGCAUCACAGUUUAUCUCUUUAAUGUUCUGGAUCUUGGCGCUAGUACUACAUGAUCAAGGGAUAUGACGGGUAUUUGAUCAGUCAUGAUUCUUGCUACUAGGCACAUUUUCUUGACUAUGGAACUUCAGAUCGUUCCGCUGGAGAAGUUUCUUGGUGUCACUAUCCACAUUUUCUUGACUAUGGAACUUCAGAUCGUUCCCCUGGAGAAGUUUCUUGGUGUCACUAUCCACAUUUUCUUGGCUCUGAAACUUGAGAUCUUAUUUGCCUCCUGAUGGAAGCGUUUCAGAAGUCCAGGUUGAUGCGACUGGAAACUAUACCUUUUCGUCUGUUCGUUUUGAAUUCCCAGUCAAGACAGCUUUCACUAAAAAAGUUUCUGUGAUAAUCAGCAGAAAAGGUUUUGUGAUUUGCUGUUCAGGUUUUAUUCAAACUUGCUUGAAUUUGUGUUGAAAAUAUUAGAAGCGGCCAUUACUCUAGAUGAUUCAAUGAGGGAGUGAGGGAGGGAGGGAGGGAGAUGAACCUUGAAUUGAAGGCAAGUUAGUGAGAACUUCGUUAUGAACCUUGACAGUGAUUCAGAUAGUGCUAUAGACGGAUGCACCAGAAUUUUCAAUGAGUUCAAAGACAUUUAUAAAGGAAGAGAAGGAACUUCUUACACACAAAAAUUCUGCACAUAGAUCAAUCCCAGGCUAUGAAAAAAUUUGAGUGGCUGAGAAUAUGAAAAUGGAGCAGUAUAUUAUCGAAAUUGAUAAAGAAUGUUUUUCUAUGGACGAGUGAUUUUAUCAGCCUCAAACAUUACAAAGGUCUCUGUUAGAUAGCAAACGUAAUAAUCGGGAAUACUUCUCCCUAUCCCUUUGAUGUUUAAUUUAUUUACUAGAUGAUCACUUUUAAGUUUGGCCCUUAUCAAAGUUUAACUUAUGACACUUUUUUGUGCUGAAUAAAAUUGAGCUGUAAUACAGCCUUUCUUGGCGUGUAAGCAUUUGAAUUUAAUCUGGGAUUUACGAAAAUGAGGUUAAUUAAGAUUAUAGUGGAGCAUUUGUUUUGUACUGUUUUUGGCGCAUUUCUUUCCAUUGUGGAGAUAUAUGUUAGUCUCGUAACUUUUUUGACCAGUGGCCACAUACUUGCACCUGUGGAAACAUCAAUGCUCCGCAGCCUUGGUGCAGCUGAUCUCAUUUAUAAUCUCAUCUCCACUUGCUGUCAAUAUUGGAUUCAAUCUGUUAUUUUGGUAAUGCAAAUGUUACUAAACUGGAUAAAUCCUCGUCAUGCGGUUUAAUUCUUGUUCUGAAUCGCUAUUGCUGUCUAUUGUGCUGAUUGCCCAAAUUCUGCCAGGUUUGCUAUCAUGGGGUUUGUGACAAAUUACUUGGGAACGUCUCGUUCAUCACCUUCAACAAAACGCUGA